UGAAUCGACCUAGCAUAUGGUCAAAGUUGUAAUAUAUAUGAAUAUUGAUGUCAUUCCAAUGACUCAAAUCUUUAUAUAAGACCGACCAAGUGCCACACCCUCAACAUCAGAGAACUUUUACUCAUAGUCACCAUGGCAAUGGCAUUCAAGAUGGCCACGACUGGAAUGUGGGUGGCUGAGGAGUGCAAGAACUCUUUCAUGGAGAUGAAAUGGAAGAAGGUGUAUAGGUACAUAGUGUUCAAGAUCGAUGAGGGAUCGAGGCUGGUCACCGUCGAUAAGGUCGGUGGGCCAGGCGAAGGCUACGAUGAGCUCACCGCAUCAUUGCCGGAGGAUGAUUGUCGAUACGCAGUGUUUGAUUUCGACUUUGUCACCGUUGAUAAUUGCCGGAAGAGCAAGAUCUUCUUCAUAGCAUGGUCCCCAACAGCAUCAAGAAUAAGGGCAAAAAUUCUGUAUGCAACAUCCAAAGCUGGGUUGAGGAGAGUGCUGGAAGGCAUCCACUAUGAACUGCAAGCAACCGACCCAACCGAGAUGGGGAUAGAUGUCAUCAAGGACAGGGCCAAAUAGAUCGAUGUGAUCAGAAUAUAGCUAAAACCAUGUAAUGUACAUGCAUGGCAUCUUGCUUUUAUUUAAUGACACCAACCACAAGAACUUUUCUUGUUAUUUUCCACAUUUUCUAGAUAACUAGCACUAAUGUGACCUAAAUACCUAAUCUUUUAAUUUGUAAUGAUAAUUAUGUC